ACAACGGUUUGGUAAAGCAAAGAGGCGAAGUAUGAAAUCAACUGGAGAAAAAGUGAGAAGAGAUCCAUUCGCUCAAUCAAGUUUUAUUUCAAAACUUUUCUUUUGGUGGUUGAAUCCACUUUUUAGAAAAUGUCACAAACAAAGUUUAACACCAAAAGAUGUUUAUGACGUUCCAAUGAUAUGUUCAACUGAAAGAACUGCGAAAAAUUUGAAACAGUAAGCCCCAUAGAGAUUUUUUAAAUAUAGUAAACUAUAUAUACGACAAAUCUUCAUUAAUAGGCACUCGCUCCUCAGAGAGAGUGGUUAAUUCACAUAAUGUGAGAAAUACGAAAAUCAACAGAAGAAUUAUUACAUGCACUUAAGUCGUUCUCUGUCUGUAUGAAUAGAAAUAAACUUUCGUUCAUUAACUUUAGAUACUGGGACAAAGAAUGUAUGAAGAUGAAGAGAGGUAAAGAACCGUCGCUGCUUCUUGCCGUGUUGGCAUGUUUCAAAUGGCACUUUAUUUUUGCAGCAACUGGCUUUACUGCUCUGUACUACCUGCAACUGGCUCCCCCUUUAUUGACCGGAUACCUAUUGGAUUAUUUCGAUAGCCCUCCAAAUAUUAGUGAGAAAAGUGCUUGGCUCUACGGCCUUGGAUUGGCUAUAGUCUCUCUUUCAUCGUGGCUACCAGGAGUCAUCAUCGCCCAUGCAGUAGCCAUAUGUCCAACUUGUUUACGAGCAUCUUUUAGUGCUCUUAUUUUUAAAAAGACACUGCUGUUAAGCUCAACUGGACGAUCGAAAACAUCAACUGGCCAAAUCAUGACAUUCCUCUCGACAGAUCUUGAAAAGUUUUAUUGGUUUUUUCUCUACUCGAGUUACGUAAUUAUCUCUCCAGGUCUAGCAGCUGUUAUUGGCUAUAUGCUUUACAGAGAAUUCGACUACUAUGGUCUAGCAGCUAUUGGUAUUUUAGUUUUUUUGGUUCCAAUCCAACAUUUUGUGGCACGUCUUUAUGGUAAACUAAGAGUUAACAUAGCUGAUGGAACUGAUGCUCGCUUGAAUAUGAUGGAACAAGUUCUUUCUGGUAUGAGAGUUAUCAAGAUGUACUGUUGGGAGAAACCAUUUGAAAAAAUUCUGACUAGAUUGAGAGAUAAUGAAGUGAAUUACAUUCGAAAAUCGUAUUUUAUAAGAGGCUUAAAUUGGGUCGGAUACUUCGCUAUUGGAAAACUAUCGCUUUUGGCCAUAAUAAUUCCAUAUGUGUUAACUGGUAAUACGCUAAAACCUAAAACAAUAUAUGUGACGAUAGCAUGGAUUGAAGUAUUGAGACCUGUAGUAUUUUGGUUCUUACCCACUAGUAUUGAGACAGUAACCGAAAUUAAAGAAUCUCUAAGGAGAAUACAAGUUUUUCUCUUACUUGAGGAAAAGUGUGCCGAUGACGCUCCUGUAGAAGUUUGGGAAGAUGAAGACACUGUAAUUAAGCUAUUAAACUUGGUAACUGUUUGGCCAACAAAAGAGCAAGAGUCAGGAUUUAAAAUGAAAAAGCUGGACUUUACCGCUAAGAGAGGGGAACUAAUUUCAGUAGUAGGCCAAGUUGGUUCUGGGAAAAGUUCAUUCCUAUAUACUUUAUUAAAUGAAAUGCGUAUUGAAUCGGGUAGUAGGAAAAUAAAUGGAGUUUUAUCCUACGCCAGUCAGGAAGCAUGGAUAUUUUCUGGUUCUGUGCGAGAUAAUAUUUUAUAUAAUCAACCUUAUGAGGAAACUCGUUAUAAAGCUGUUAUUAGAGCAUGUUGUUUAGAAGAUGAUAUAAAAGGCUUUCAAAAUGGUGACCGGAACUUUGUUGGAGAAAAUGGAUCAGCUUUGAGUGGAGGACAAAAGGCAAGAAUCAACCUGGCUAGAGCUGUUUACAAAGAAGCUGAUGUUUACCUUUUGGACGAUCCUCUCAGUGCAGUAGAUACUAAAGUCUGUAAACGAAUUUUCAAUGAUUGCAUUGAGGAGUUUUUAGGUGACAAAACAAGAAUCUUAGUCACUCAUCAAGUACAAUUCUUGAAAAAAGUUGAUAGAAUUUUAGUUUUACAAGAUGGAAAAACAAUUAUGGAUGGCCCAUACGAGGAAUUUCUGAAUAAACAGACGCAAUAUUUCCCUGUAUUAUCUAUGAUUCAGAAUAAUGAAGAUAAUCAGUCACUGGAUGAUGUUUCCUUGCACUCUUUUACUACCCACAGAGUUCGUACUAGAACGAUGAGCUUUGGUGAAGAGGAAACGCGACAGAGAGUUCUUAGUGUGACUUCAAUCGACGCAGUCAGCCCAACUGGAGUACAGAUUGGUACCGUAAUGGAAGAAUACGAAGGCCUCGAAGAUAACGAAGGCUCUAGCUUUGAAACAAAAAGUUCGGCUAAGCAGACUUUCAUUUCUCUUCUCGAUUAUAUCAAGGCUGGAAAGGGGGGUAUUUUCUUACCCUUUCUUUUAGUAAUAUCUGUAUCCGCACAAGUCUUGUAUAUUUUCAUUGAUGUUUUAUUAACAAAGUGGGCUGAGGAUAUGUUUGAAACUGAAAGGAAAGGAGACAAUCAUAGUAACUUUCUAGAUAAAGAUACUUAUCUCCCCCUAUCUUCGGGACUUACAGGAGCAAUGAUUGUUGGGGGUAUAGCCAGAUGUUUAUUGUUCUAUUCCAUGACUGCAUGUGCAAGUCGAGUACUUCACGCAACAAUGUUGAAAUCCGUUUUAAGAAGCCCCACGCAAUUUUUCAACACAAACCCUGUAGGACGGAUUUUAAACAGAUUUUCGAGAGAUCUUGGAUUUAUUGACGAAUAUCUUCCGUAUAUCUCCUUCGAUGUUCUCUAUUUCUCUAUUCAUUAUUUGGGUGUGUUAGUUUACACAGUUAUUUCCAACCCUUGGAUGGGUCUGAUGGUCGCUCCCGUUCUAUUUAUUGUUUUCAUAGUACGAUAUUUCGCUGUUCCAGCAAUCCGGGAAAUGAAAAAAUUAGAGGCACUAGCAAGAAAUCCGGUCUACACACAAUUCGAUUCAAUGCUCAAAGGUAUUAACACAAUAAGAGCGUUAAAAAGCGAGAAAUUUCAUGAAAAGACAUUCAUGACUCAACAAGAUGCGCAUUCGGCUGCGUGGUUUCAUUAUGUAAUGUGUGAUAGAUGGUUUACUAACAAACUUGAAAUAAUCGUCGGGUCAUAUAUCACGGGACUUGUAUUCGUUUCUAUUGCAACUUCAACAAGUUUGGAUCAAACAUCUUUUGGAUUAUCUAUUAUCUAUACUCUAGGAAUGUUGAGUAUAUUCCAAUAUAUUGUUCGCCGUACAGUUGAACUUGAAAGUACCUUAACAUCAGUUCAAAGAGUUAGUCAAUAUGGAAGUCUACCUAUGGAAGCUAGAUUUGAAUCUGACAACACUCCAGGACCAGCGUGGCCUGAAAAUGGAUCUAUAAAAUUUGAUUGCGUUUCGCUUUCCUAUGACCAGAAUGAGGUGUAUCAAUUAUGUAAUGUCUCAUUCGAUGUAAAAGGAGGUGAUAAAGUUGGAAUUGUUGGUAGAUCAGGAGCUGGAAAGAGUACAAUAAUGACAGCUAUAUUACGUCUUGCGGAGCCAGAGGGAAAAGUAAUAAUUGAUGGUAUUGAUGUCAGUCAAAUUGGCUUACAUGAACUGCGAAUGGUUAUAAGCAUUAUUCCUCAAGAUCCUAUUCUUUUCACUGGAACUCUUAGGGAAAAUAUGGAUCCUUUCUCUGAAUUUAGUGACGAAGAGAUCUGGAAUGUACUCCGGAAUGUGCAAAUGAAAAAUAAAAUAUUCGGAAUCGUUGGACAACUAUUGAGUCCUGUGGAGGCCUCUGGAAGCAACUUUUCGGCCGGUGAACGUCAAUUGCUGUGCCUAGCAAGAGCAAUGUUGAGGAAAAAUAAAAUUUUGAUUAUCGAUGAGGCAACUGCAAACGUUGACUCGAAUACUGAUUCUUUAAUACAAGAGGUUGUAAGGGAAAGAUUUGAAAAUUGCACGGUUUUGACUAUUGCCCACAGAUUGGAGACAAUUAUAGAUUCUGACAGAGUAUUUGUUGUUGAUGCUGGUAGAAUAGCUGAGAAUGAUCAUCCUUAUAAUCUGCUUCAGAAUGAAGCUGGACUAUUCUAUAAACUUGUUGAACAGGGUGGUAAAAAGAAAGCAGAUUCUCUUAGACAAAGCGCCUACAAUUCAUAUUUGGGGCAUUCUCCUCAAUAUGUUAAAUCCGGAGGUCUAUCAGCUGUUCCUGAAAUAUCACAUAUAGAUCUUAUUGAAGAUGAUGAAGAAUCCACCGUUCACUUGUAGACUGCUACAAGACAAGAAAGGAUUUUAAUUGACAUUAAACUUUUUAAAGGUUAUUUUUAAUAUAUAAUGCUAUACUCAUUUUAAUUCUACUGCAUAAUGUCAUCUAUAAUGCUUAAUUUCAGUAUCAUAACUUUUAGUAUAGCAAUGUAUGUAUACUUGUUAAUUAUUUAAAACACAUAUAUAUAUAAAUUUAUAUAUAUA